AUGGGGGAUUUUAACUCGUUCCUCUACCUCCAAGAUAAUUAUUAUGGCUCUUCAUCUAUUAGCAUUGGAAUGAAGGAGUUUAAAGAAUGUGUUGUUGAAACAGAACUUAUAGAUAUUAAUAGUUCUGGAUUUCAUUACACAUGGACUCAAAAACCGAAAAAAGGUGUUGGAAUUCUAAAGAAAAUUGAUAGAAUUAUGGGGAACAUGCAGUUUAUAACUGAUUUCCCAUCUUCUUAUGCCAUUUUUCAACCUUACCGUGUUUCUGACCAUACCCCUUGUGUUCUGAAGCUGCCUUCAGUGGCUAGAUACAGACCUAGGCCUUUUAAGUUUUCCAGUUUUAUUACGAGCAAAUUUGGGUUUUUGGAAGCUGUAGAGAAAGGAUGGAAGCAGGAGUUUAAGGGGUAUAAAAUGUUUUGUGUUGUCAAAAAGAUCAGAGCCCUUAAAACUCCCAUGCGCAAGCUCUUACUUGAACAAGGUAACCUCCAUGCUAGUGUCACCUCCUUAAGGAAUGAACUUGAUGAAAUUCAAAAGGAAGUUGACAAUAAUCAAGGUGACGAAUCUCUUCGUGAAAAGGAAAUGACCUGUCUGGAAAAGUUCAAAGUAGCUUCGUAUGAUGAGGAAUGUUUUCUGAAACAAAAAGCAAAGAUUGACUGGUUAAAUGCAAGUAAUUCUAAUACAGCAUACUUUCAUAACACUGUUAAAUGUAAAAACCAUAGAAAACGAAUUAAAAUGAUAAAAAAUGCUGAUGGCCAGGUUUAUGAGGGUGAAGCUGUCAAUGAUUCUCUUGUUACGCAUUAUACUAAUUUCCUUGGUGUUGAGCAGCAUGUUGAACCGAUUAAUGCUGAUUACUUGUUUACUAAUGUUUUGGAUCCUCACGUGGCUUCUUAA